AAGUGUUUUAUUUUGAUUCGCGCGCUUUGCUUUGUCUGCGGUUUCGUUUACAGUUAAAAACAAACUUUUAUCGAACUUUUUCAAAAUUAUUUCUGCUGUUUUAGUUGUUUAGUGGCUAAAAUGUCGAGUAUUGCUUCUUCUAAGAAUCCCGCAAUGGAUCGCGAAGAGAUACAAACAAAGAUGCAGCGUUCGCUGCGCAAACAGCGAUACAAGGAGCUGCUAGAAGAAGGCGCCCAGCUGGGGCUACGGGCGGAAACGGCCGACCCGGUGGAUACCUUCCAGGCCGUUCAGAAAAUCAUGGAAACCUCCAACGCCCUGCAGACCGAAGGCCGCAUCAAAGACCGCGCCGAGAAUGCCACCGAAGUGCUGAUGGAUGCCCAGGUGCUCCGGAUGAGCCACGACGUGGUCCACGCGGCCAUGCAGAGGAUGGGCAACUCGGAGUUCUCCGAUGACGAGUUCGUGGGUGUUAUUUUGUCCAGUUUCGACUCGGAAGAGGGCAUCGAAAACUGGGAUAAGCUCACACGGGAAGCGGCUUCCAUUUUCUACAUGGCCAAGCACAGCCAAUCGUUGUACGGUGCAUUCGAACACGAACCGGUGGUAGUCCAGAAGGAGGCCAAGCAGCGCACACAAAGGCAACGUGCCGAUUACGGCGAAGCGAAAAAGCCGGACACCGUGGACAAACUCCUGAAGAAGGAAAAGAGUGCCCAGAAGUUGAAUCUGAUCUUCAAUCAGAUAUUGAAAAUCUACGAGCAACGUGGAAAAGAGAUACCGUACUUUGAGUUGAUCAUCGAUCCGGAGGAUUUCAUGAAUACGGUGGACAAUGCGUUCCAGAUAUCGUUCCUGAUUCGCGAUGGACGCGUUGCCCUGCUGAGCGAUUCCAAUCACGAGCCGAUUAUCCGGCCGACCACGCAGAAGGAGACCGAACAGGCGCAGAGGAUGACGGAGACAACGCAGGCCAUCCUCGGUCUGAACACCAGAAAGUGGCGGGAAAUGAUCGAGCGUUUCCAAGUCGAUGAACCACUGCUGAUCCUGAACCGAGAGGAGCUGAACAUGACCCAGUCUCAACGGUAGGCUUUGGCAUACCUAUUUGCAGCUUAGUUUUAAAGAGAAAAACUUCCAUUCCUUUGUUUGUUGUUCGUGCCCUAAGUUCAGGGUUUGUUGAUGUGAAGUAAGUAACAGUAAAUUGGAUUUUAUUUAGCCCCUUCGAUAUGUAAGUAUUUUAAACGCUUGGACUGUUAUGCAUUCGGAUAAGUUAUGUUACAAAUAAACCACCAAACUACCCAAUAUAAAUAUCA